CCAAAUUGGCGGGAAGUUAAUUUGCUCAUGCCACAAUUUCACAAGAAACCCUCCCAAGUCCCAAACUGGAAUUGCACCGGAAGAUUGAUCGGAGAUCUUUGAUCGAACCCUGUAAUAAUGCCUCGGAAGGAGGAUGGGAGCCGCCAGCAGCAGCUGAGCGCGGCGAAGAGGGCAUACAAGGCGGCGACAGAGGAGGGUAAUCGGCAGGAGGAGGCGCGGUGGGCGAAUGUCAUCGGAGACAUACUCAAGAACCGAGGGGAGUACGUGGAGGCUCUGCGAUGGCUGCGAAAGGACUACGAGAUUUCCGUUAAGUACUUGCCGGAGAAGCAGCUGCUCGCCACUUGCCAGUCCAUUGGUGAACUUUAUCUCCGCCUUCAGCACUACAGCGACGCUCUAAUUUAUCAGAAAAAGCAUUUACAGCUUGCCAAGGAUCAGGAUGACCUCAUAGAACAACAAAGAGCCAGCACUCAGCUUGGGCGAACUUACCAUGAAAUGUUUUUAAAAUCUGAGGAUGAUCAUAGCUCAGUUCGGAAUGCUAAGAAAUAUUUUAGAUCUUCAAUGAAACUAGCUAGAAUGAUCAAGGAAAAUCCACCUUCUGAGAGAGUUUCUUUUAUAAAGGAGUAUAUUGAUGCCCAUAAUAAUAUUGGGAUGAUUGAAAUAGAUCUUGACAACUUGGGUGAAGCAGAAAAGAUUCUUACCCGAGGAUUGGAUAUCUGUGAUGAAGAAGAGGUCAUUGAACAUGACGAUGCACGCAGUAGACUCCAUCACAAUCUUGGAAAUGUAUACUUGGAGCUCAGGAAAUGGGAAAAAGCUUACGAGCACAUAAAAAAGGAUAUUAUUAUCUGUAAGCAAAUAGGGCAUUGUCAAGGGGAGGCUAAAGGUUACGUUAAUCUUGGAGAGCUGCACUACAGGACUCAAAAGUACAAUGAAGCCAUUGCAUCUUAUCAAAAAGCACUUGAUUUGGCAAAGUCAUUGGAGGAUGAGGAUGCUUUAGUAGAUCAAAUUGAUCAAAAUCUUGAAACUGUUAGAGAAGCGAUGAAAGUGAUGGAAGAACUUAGAAAAGAAGAGCUGAACUUUAAGAAACUUGAAAGAAACACAGAAUUUGCUAGAGGCACAGAAAGAGAAAGGAAAUGCCUGCUGAAGCAGGAUGCAUCUCUUGAUUUCCUCGUGGAGAAAUCAAGGAUCAUCUUUGCUUGGAUUAAACUUCGUGAAUAUGGAAAAAAGAAGAAGAGGAUAGCAAGUGAACUUUGUGACAAAGAGAAGCUAAGUGAUUCCUUUCUAGUCAUUGGCGAAUCAUACCAGAAGUUGAGGAAAUUCCUUAAAUCCCUUAAAUGGUACACGAAGGGGUGGGAAACCUAUCGCUUGAUUGGAAGUGUGGAGGGACAAGCAUUGUCGAAGAUUAACAUAGGAGAUGUUUUGGACUGCAGUGGUGAUUGGCAAGGUGCUUUAGAUGCUUUCAAAGAGGGAUACAGGAUCGCUGUUAAGGGGAACCUGGUUUCAUUGCAGCUCUCUGCUUUGGAAAACAUGCACUAUAGCUACAUGAUUCGUUUUGAUGAUUCUGAGGAGGCUGGGAGGACAAAAUUGUUAAUUGAUGAAUUGAAGAACUCCAAAAAUGAAGAGCUUGUGGCGAGUGGGCUUUCAGUAGAUUGUUGUUCUGAGACUAAAACAGAGUUGGAUAACAUCUCAGCAGAUGAUAAGUCUGAUGGUAGCUUUUCACCACAGAAAUGUGAACUGAAUCCCUUGAGAGGAAUGUCUAGUGAUGGUGGUAAGGAAUCAAAUGAAAAUGUACCUUCGAGAUCCUUACUUCAAUCUAAUAAAAAUUUAGUAAAGCAGCAAAGUGCUUGUGGAAUUGCACAUAAUGCUUCUUCCAGACCAUGUGAAUCGCCCAGAGAGAGCACAUGCAGAUCCACUGAUAGUUCUACUGUAAACCGUAAGCGUGUACGGGUUAUCAUUUCUGAUGAUGAGGGUGAGAAUGCAGAUGAUUGUUGCUCGAAGAGGCUACAUUGCAAGUGUCCAGCUGAAGGCAUUGCAACUUCUGAGGAGUCAACCAGAAAAUCUGUCACAAUCCCCAUUAGUGAGACCCAGGAUGCUUCACCUUUUGCCUCGAGAUGUCCAGACGGUACUUGCACUCCAAAACCUGAGAAUAGCAUCACAGGCACACAUGAUGAGCAACGUAUCAUGUUCAAAAUUGAGCAUGAUUUGGUACAUAUGGACCUAGAUAUAAGCACUUUGGCUGACAAACUUGACGUGGAACAAAUGAAGAUUGAGUUGGCAUGCAUGUACUAUUUGCAACUCUUCAGAGAAAAAAAAUCCAGAGCAGGGUUGGUUCCAGUUAUUCAACAUAUGAAGUAUGGUGGUCAAAUUCUUAAAUCCAUAGAAACACUUUAUAACUUAAGAGAUCAUGGACAAGAAAAGAUAUUGUUAGAGCUUUCAGUUGUUAUGGUGUCAAAACACGUGAUGAAACUUUACCUUGACUGCUGUGAAGAACUAUCUGAACCACCAAAUAUGGAAGUUGUACGAAACUUGUAUACCUUAGAGGUGUCAGAAGAUGAAAUUAUAGUGUCUGAUUGCCAAUUGCGAGAUGUAUCUGCACAACCAUUACUGAAUGCUCUUCGCCUGCACAAAACACUUGCUGUCUUGAACCUUUCUCAUAAUCUAUUGGGAAAUGGAACUGUUGAGAAACUUAAAGAACUAUUCAUGUCAUUAGAGCAAAGUUAUGGUGGUCUGGUACUUGAUUUGCAUAAUAAUCGACUGGGCCCAGCUGCUCUGUUUCAGAUUUGUGAGUGUCCAGUGUUGUACACUCGACUGGAAGUUCUCAAAAUAUCAGGAAACUGCCUUACUGAUGCUUGUGCAUCUUACAUUUCGACUAUCAUUCGGCGCUGCAGAGAUCUUUAUAGUUUGGAUAUAGAGAACUGUUCAAUCACAUCAAGAACAAUUCAAAAGGUUGCUGAUUCAUUGGAUUCGCUAUCAGUACUUACGCACCUUUCUAUAGGACACAAUCACCCUGUAUCUGGAAAUGCCUUGAUUAAUCUUUUGCUCAAGCUUUCCACUUUAAAAGGGUUUCAAGAGUUAAAUCUCAGUGGGCUAAAGCUAAGCAAGCCUGUAGUUGAUAGCCUUAGUGAACUUGCUAAGAAUUGCUGUUUGUCUGGUUUGCUGCUAGGAAAUACCAAUAUUGGAACUGAGGGUGCAAUGCAGUUGAUUAAACCAUUGUCCAAGGACACUCAAGAAUUGGUCAGGCUUGACCUAUCAUUCUGUGGACUUUCUAGUGUCUUCAUUACUAGGCUUAAAGACGAAGCAUCCUUAUUUAAUGGUCUUCUAGAGUUGAAUCUCGGUGGAAAUCCAAUCAUGAGAGAGGGUUGCAGUGAAUUGGCAUCUUUACUCAGCAGCACUCAAUCCUGUUUAAGAGUUCUCAUUGUCUGCAAAUGCCAACUCGGUCUGGUUGGCGCCAUUCGUGUGAUACAAUCACUGUCAACGAAUUCUUCUCUCAUAGAACUCAAUCUGGCCGACAAUGUUACUCCAACAGAAAUUCAAGCUCUAGCAAACAGCCAUGGAUCCUCACAAGAAAAUGCAAACACCAACCAAGCCGGCGAUCAUUCAUCAAAUGCACCUGCAGCAACUAAUGAAGACACAAAUGAAAUCCAGCUCGAGGUUGCUGACAGCGAAGACGAGGAUCCAACAGGGGCAGAGGCUACAGUAUCCAUCUCCCGAAAGAGUGUGUGCAUUUCAGAAUGCCAGCUGAUGAAAGAACUUGCAAGUUGGAUAAGACUGGCUGGGAACUUAAAGCUGUUGGAUCUUAGUCGCAACGGGCUCCCUACAGAAGCCAUAGAGAUGCUGUUUUCAGCAUGGUCUUCAGGUGCUAGAGAUGGCGCGGCACGAAAACACAUUGUGCAGGAGGAAGACGACGGGACUGUCCAUUUUAGUGUGCAGGGUAAGAAGUGCUGUGGCUCUACAAGACCAUGCUGCAGAAGAGGUUAGGCCCCUUCAUACCAAAAUCUAUUCUCUUCUUCAUUGUUGAUAUCAUAUUCUCUUUUUAAUUAAUCAUUCUUAGAAUUACAUUUUGGCAUGCAACAUUUUUUUUAUUUUUUUUUAAUAACUGCAUAAAAUUUUACUAAAGAAUUGACUCUUGAUACCUCAUACCUGUGAAUGGACUCAUAUUAAGAUUAGAAUAGCUCAAACUAUUUGGAACUGACAGUUCCAAUUUUUGUCAAAAUGAAUCAAGUUCAAAUUGAGUGUCGCAAAUCAUAUGGA